AUGGCGCUGCGAGCGCGCGCGGCGGCGGGAUUCUCUCACGCUCGUCUCGAUUCGAGGCUGUUCUUCCGGGGAUCGAUUGCCAGGUCUGGAUUUAGCUGCAUUGCCACUGCGACUGCGAGCGGCUAUGGCUACACGGUGGAAUCGUGGAGCGAGACGCCAUACUUGGAGCUCGUUCUUGGCCUCCGCCCCGAGGGGCAAUCCAUGACAGCGGGCGCUGGAUCCACGCUCGCCGCCGUGCGAGCGAAGCGGCCGAAUCCAGGAUAUUACGGCAGGCUCAUGAGAAUGCGGCUCGAGAAUGCUUCGUCUAUGGGGGGGCGCGAGGCGAUCUUGGACAAGAAGAGCUACGUGAGAGAUUUCGAGAGCUUCUGGAUUCCUAUGCUGGGCGAUCUCAUGGGAGGGGAUUAUCACCACUACAGUUUAGAGGUUUUUACAUGGCUCACGAACAAUCCAAUGGUCCUACUAUCGGCCAAGAGACCGCAGCUCGAGCAGCUCUACGCGACGAUGAUCUCUUACGCCGGAGUCGUUGGGAGCCUGAGGCUAGCACGCAUCUGGUUCGACGAUCUCAAAGGCAAGGGGCUCAAGCAAUCGACGAGGUGCUGCAACGCUCUCAUCCUCGCCUAUGCCAAGAAAGGUGACGUUCAAACCGCGCUCUCCAUCCUCGAACAGAUGAAAGCCUUCCGCAAGGGGUGCUCGCCAAACGUAGUCACGUACUACAUCCUCAUCGCCAUGUUUGCGAGGCUGGGGGACGCGCCAGGCCUCGCAAAUCUCCUGGGCGACAGCGAGUGCUCGAGCUUUCGUCCCGACCCCAUGACUUACAACACUCUCCUCUGCGGCUACUCGAAGAUGGGAAUGCCGGAGGAUUUCGACAAGACACACGGGGAAAUGGUGGAGGAUCUGGAGGAUGAACUUAGCGAGGAGAGCUACAACGCGUUGCUCGUUGGAUGCUCGCGGCUGGAUCGUCUCGACGAGCUCCAGCGCUGUGUGGGGGAGAUGCUAGCCAGGGAGAUGAGUCUGGCAUCGCCGGUGGUGGCGGAAGAGAUCGCCAAGGCUUACAGAAGAAAUCGAUGGGUGGAAGGAUUGGACACGGUGAUCCAGCUCGAGGAAAAGAGUCCCGGGAUUUCUCCAACCUUCCAAAGCUUUGUAAAUGCUUGCAAUGACGAUUUAGAAAAAAAGGAGGCGCUUGUUUCAAGAUAAGUUUUUACUUUUUUUUCACUACAAUCCAUGUGAUUAACUUUGAAUACUAUUUUGUGUGGUCUCUUCCAGCUUUUUCCAGAAUAUGGACUCACUGGUUGUGUCCACUGGAAGGAUUUCUUUAACACCAUGCUGCUGGCAUUCAUGGUACGCGGCAAACAAAAGCUGCGACAAAAGAAAAAUCCGAACAAGAAUCUAACAGGGGCUGCAAAUUGUAGAAAAUUGACUGAUACCACUGUCCAGGUUGAACUUUUGUGCAUUCUUUAGUCAAUAAAAACGCUGACCAGAUAAUGUUGACAA